UCAUCCUAGUCUGCCUUCGCUUUCUCCCUGCGGCUCAGCUCUCGCGAGUUCGCAUUCUUUCCUCAAGCUGCCAGAUCUCCUCUCGAGCAAGUCUCCAGAUCUUCCAGCGUAACUCUCCACUCCAUGGAAGACCAGAGCCCCAAGCCCAUCCGCUGCAAAGCUGCGGUGUGCAGAGUCGCCGGCGAGCCGCUCAUCGUCGAGGAGAUCAUCGUCGAUCCACCGAAAGCGUACGAGAUCCGCAUCAAGAUCGUCUGCACCUCCCUCUGCCACAGUGACAUCACCUUCUGGCGCGCCAAGGUAGCGACGGCUUUUCCAAGAAUCUUAGGACACGAAGCCUACGGGUACGUCCAUUGUGAAUUUCUCCUAUUUUUUCCUAUUCCAUGGGGCCAUGGGGGUCGACGCGACUCGGGCUGCGCCUCGUGCAGAGUGGUGGAGAGCGUGGGGGAGCAUGUGGAGGGCUUCGCCGCCGGCGACACGGUGGUGCCGACGUUCCUGGGGCAGUGCGACCACUGCCCGGGCUGCGCGUCCGAGCACAACAACCUCUGCACCACGGUGCCGUUCGUGUUUGGCCCCGGGAUGCGGCGCGACGGCACCACCAGGUUCCGGGACGCCCAUGGGAACCCCCUGCACGACCUGGUCGCCGUGUCCAGCUUCAGCGAGUACACCGUCGUGGACGUGACCCAGGUCGUCAAGAUCGACCCCGCCGUGCCGCCCAAGCUCGCCUGCCUCCUCAGCUGCGGCGGCAGCACCGGGGUGGGAGCUGCAUGGAGGGUGGCCAAGGUGCAACCAGGCUCAUCAGUGGUCAUCUUCGGGCUGGGGUCCGUUGGAUUAGCGGUGGCGCAAGGUGCGAAAAUGUGUGGAGCAUCCAAGAUUAUCGGCGUUGACAUGAACCCUGACAAAGAGGAAGUUGGGAAAUCAUUCGGUGUGACGCAUUUUGUUAAUCCAUCGCAGUUGGGCAACAGUUCAGUCACUGAGGAAAUAGCGAAGCUGACGGGCGGUGGCGCCGACUACAGCUUCGAGUGCAUCGGCGUGUCGUCGGUGAUGACCGAUGCCUUCACAAGCACCAAGCCGGGCAAGGGCAAGACGAUCAUCCUGGGCUUGGAGAAGGACAACGAGCCAAUCUCGCUGCCGUCCCUGGACCUCCUGUCCGGCAAGUGCGUCAUGGGCUCCUACUUCGGCGGGCUCAAGCCCAAGACCGACGUCCCGACCCUCGCCCAGAAAUGCAUGAACAAGGAGCUGGAGCUGGACGGGCUGGUCACGCACGAAGUCGGCCUGCAGGAGAUCAACACGGCCUUCGACCUGCUGCUGCAGGGGAAGAGCCUCAGGUGCAUCAUAUGGAUGGACAAGGACAAGUGAAGUGACGGCGGCCGCUGAGUUUGUGAUUUCUGAAUCAAAGCAGUAGAGUAUGCUUCAGUUUGAAUGCCUUACUGAUGUGCUGUUCUCGAGGUCGUGUAGUAUUAUGUCAUUGUCAUUUUGAAGAGAAAAAAAAACGCAGUGGAGCUCAAGAGCUGCAAUUGUGUAACGUGCCAGCGUCACACCUGCGGUAGGCUAAUCUGUGCUGGAAUGAGAAGUGGUCUUGUUGUGGAUGUUAGUUGGACUUGAGGCAGGAUA